AUGGCCGAUCCUACUCAUAGCGACCAGGAAGCCCAAAGUCCCGCGAGUAACGAUGAAGUCGCCAUCGAGAAGGAAACGAGCGCCGGCGACAAUGGUGUCACAUUACAGCAAACAAAGUCCUCCAUCGCCGAACAGAUGCCUCUGGGCAAGGAAAUAAUGUUCGUCGGCAUAAUAUGUCUUGCUCAAUUCACCACCCAAGUCGGCCUGGGCUCAACACUACUCAUUCUCCCCAUCAUCGGUAAAAGUUUUGGUCUUACCGAUCCCAGCGAUUAUAGUUGGCUCAUCGCCGGAUACAGCUUGACCGUGGGCACCUUCAUCCUCCUUUCCGGUCGUAUGGGCGAUCUAUUCGGCUACAAGCGUAUGCUCAUGAUCGGCUUCACCUGGUUCUCGAUCUGGUCAAUGGUCGCCGGCCUAGCAGUCUAUUCAAACCAUGUCCUAUUCGUGUUCGCAAGGGUGCUCCAAGGCAUCGGACCAGCAAUCACCCUACCUAAUGGAUUGGCCUUGUUGGGCGCCACAUACGCGCCCGGCAAACGGAAAGACAUGGUGUUUUCACUUUUCGGUGCUUGUGCUCCAGGUGGCUCGAUAGUGGGAGGUGCUUUCGCCGGACUAUUCGCCCUAGCCUGGUGGCCAUGGACAUUUUGGUCUCUGUCCAUCGUUCUGGCGGUCAUCGUCGUCGUCGCGAGUUACGUUAUCCCGGAGCCGCCACAAAGAUCCCGUGAGAACCUCUCCGUCCGAGACAAGAUCAAAAUGCUCGAUCUUCCCGGUGCUUUUGUUGGGAUCUUAGCACUAGUGCUCUUCAACUUCGCCUGGAACCAAGCGCCGAUUGUGGGAUGGGGAAAGCCGUACGUCUAUGUGCUCCUGAUCAUCGGCGUACUCCUAGUCCCGGUGUUCUUCUACAUCGAACUGCGCGUAUCCAAGUCACCCCUCGUGCCAUUCGACGCACUGUCUGCCGACGUUGGUUUUGUUAUCGCAUGCAUAGCUUGCGGGUGGUCGUCUUUUGGUAUCUGGGUCUACUACACUACCAGCUUCAUGGAGAAUCUACGCGGCAAUUCUCCCUUACUCACAGUGGCGCAUCUAAGUCCAGUCGCCGUGUCAGGAGCCUGCGCCUCGAUCUGUACAGGUCUUAUCCUGUCCAAGCUUCGUCCGGCGGUCGUGAUGACUAUUGCCCUCACAGCAUUCACCGUUGGGCAGAUCCUGAUCGCAACGACGCCUGUGAACCAAUCGUACUGGGCUCAGACGUUUGUGUGCACAAUAGUCAUCCCAUGGGGUAUGGACAUGUCCUUCCCAGCCGCGACAAUCAUCUUAAGUAACAGCGUCAAGAAGCGACAUCAGGGUAUAGCAGCAAGUCUGAUCAACACCGUGGUCAACUACAGUAUAUCUCUGGGCCUCGGCUUUGCCGGUACCGUUGAGGUCAACGUUGAUAGGGGAGGGAAGACGCCCGAUGACGUCUUGCGAGGCUACCGAGGAGCAUUGUAUUUGGGCAUUGGCCUCGCAGGUGCGGGACUGGUUGUCAGCAUCAUCUUCUGGGCCCGAGGAUCUUGGAUAGACAGGAAAGCUGCACGAGAGAAGUAGGGAAAUGCUGCUACUCCUCUUUCACAAUCGAGUAUGCUAGAAUGAGAUUCCAAUUUUGUCGCGAACACUCAAAUGAGUCGUGUAGACCUAUGCCUUCCAAUCUGAGAUAUCCCAACAAAGGCUUAUUGCUUCCACAAAGGCACCAAGCCGAAUGUUUCACUCAGGUUUUCUUUGUCCCCAUUGAACCUUCGACCUCACCCUUCACAAGUUUGCUAUGCAUGUCCAUAGCAAACAUGCCUUACAAAGAUGGCAUGUCUCAGUGCCAUAAUCGGGCAAAGAUAUCGUGUCUCAUCGUCACAAUCAGACUGCCUUAGCAGUUUACAGCAGCUUUGCUGCUCGAAGGCCUUCAAAUAGGCCACCAGGAUCAUGCCUUUCCGUAAUUUCUUCUCCAUCACACAACAACACUAUCCACAGC